AUGGCUUUUAGCCGCAUCCGCAGACUGGACCCCCCUCACGGUGGCAUCUCCGGGGCAGCGGCGGUCAUGCUGUGCUCCCUCCUCGCCUCCCUCAUCCUCCUGCACCUCCUCAGCGAGCGCUGCGCCGAAGCCUCCCCUCACCGGGUCCCCUCGGAGGACUUGAGUCCGCCGAGGAGCGCAAAGAGACUCGGGUUCGAACGGGGCCCCGGGUCGGGGCUGCCGGGCUACGGGGCCGCCCGGCGCGCGACGCGGGCUCUGGGGGACGAGCACGCGCGGAGGGAUCCGGAGCCUCGCGAGGAGUCCCUCGUCCCGCCGCCUCCGGAUUCGGACGUUAAUUCCAGGAGAGCGUCGCCCAGAUUCGCCGGCAAAAUAAGUCCGCUCGGAGAAGGGAGCAAGAAGCUACCCCAGGCUCUCAUCGUCGGGGUGAAGAAGGGAGGGACGCGGGCUCUGCUGGAGUUUCUCCGGGUCCAUCCCGAUAUCAGAGCCGUGGGAGCCGAGCCGCACUUCUUCGACCGCAACUACGAGAAGGGGCUGCAGUGGUACAGAUCUCGAGUUCCGGCUUUUGAUCACACGAAAACCAGCGCUAGCUGCCCGGUCGGUCAGUGUUCCAUUUCAGCGCACAUCAAACCGCCUAACCACACACAACAGACUCUGCUCGCGUGGAGGAAACGGACACUCGGAGUGAACAAGGAGGUCAAGCGCCAAGCGCUGGAGGAAGGCAGAGAUCUGUGCCACAGAGUGGCCACCAUUAUGUUUCUGGCCUGCUCUGGUUACCGAACACCCAGGCUCCCACCUGUCCCCACCCCGCCGCUUCAGACCGGUCUCAAGGAUCAGGCUUCACCUGAUCCCCGAGUGGGUUAA